CCUCUGCUCUGCUCUGACGUCAGAUCUCGCUUUAACAACCCCCACCCCACCCCAGGGCUGCAGAGGAGGACCAUCUGCGGCUCCCCAUGGGCCGGGCCAGUCUGGGCCCAGCUCCCAGGAGAGGCAGCCGGACCCUCUGCUCUCCUCUGUGCAAGCCUUUGCUUCCGACCCCCAGGGAUGUGGUGCUUCCUGUCCUGGGCGCUGGCAGCAGUGACAGCGGCAGCUGCAGGCAGCAUCCUGGCCACGGCUCUCCCUCCAGCACUUGAGACCAUGGGUGUCACUCCAACACCACCGGAGGACACAGCCUCACACCUUGAAUUUUGCAAGUGGCCGUGUGAGUGCCCACCAUCACUGCCUCGCUGCCCGCUGGGGGUCAGCCUGGUCACAGAUGGCUGUGAAUGCUGUAAGAUAUGUGCCCAGCAGCUGGGGGACAACUGCACUGAGGCCGCCAUCUGUGACCCCCACCGGGGCCUCUACUGUGACUAUAGCAGGGACCGCCCGAGGUACGCAAUAGGAGUGUGUGCACAGGUGGUCGGCGUGGGCUGCGUCUUGGACGGGGUGCGCUACAGCAACGGAGAGUCUUUCCAGCCCAGCUGCAGGUACAAGUGCACUUGCAUUGGCGGUGUGGUGGGCUGCACACCACUGUGCCUCCGUGCACGCCCUCCGCGCCUCUGGUGCAGCCAGCCCCGACGGGUAAAAGUGCCAGGCCAGUGCUGUGAGCAGUGGGUGUGUGAGGAUGAUGCCCGGAGACCUCGACAGACCAUGCUGGGUGACACCGCCGCCCCGGCAGCUGUAAGUGACGUGGAGCCCUGGCACGGGAACUGCCUGCCCUACACCAGCCCCUGGAGCCCCUGCUCCACCAGCUGUGGCCUAGGCAUCUCCACUCGGGUCUCCAACACCAAUGCCCAGUGCUGGCCUGAGCAGGAAAGCCGCCUGUGCAACCUGCGGCCGUGCGACGUGGACAUCCGGCCGCACAUCAAGGAAGGGAAGAAGUGUCUGGCUGUGUUCCAGCCAGAUGCACCCAUGAACUUCACUCUUGCGGGCUGCGUCAGCACCCACUCCUACCGGCCCAAGUACUGUGGAGUCUGCACAGACAACAGGUGCUGCAUCCCCUACAAGUCCAAGACCAUCGAGGUCUCCUUCCAGUGUCCUGAGGGGCCUGGCUUCUCCCGCAAGGUCCUGUGGAUCAAUGCUUGCUUCUGCAACCUGACCUGCAGGAAUCCUAAUGAUAUCUUUGCUGACUUGGAACUCUACCCUGACAUCUCAGAAAUUGCCAACUAAAUGGGGCACAAAUCAUGAGGUUUGGGACCUGGCUAAAUGCUUGUAAACCAGCCAGCACUCUGAGGCCACCAGCAUCACAAUUGAGCCUUCUUUUGUCCGGUUCUUACUCACUUCUAAAAGCUCCAAUGUGGACCUUCAGCUCCCUUUCCGUCUUCCACCACCAAGAUGAUCCGUGAUGGUGCUACUGAGACCCAAACAAUAGGUGCCACCUUGGGUGGCACUCUGCAUCACAUGAAAGAAAGUACCUGUUUCUAGCUAUUCUGAUCAAAGCAAUCUCAUCCUUGCUGAGCCAUUGGAAGUCCUGCUGGAUCUUGUCCAGGUCCUGAGGAAUGGAACCAGCUAAAUAUCCAGUGUCACAGAUUCUCUUCUAGUGGCCAACUCCAUGGAGCUCUUAGGUCUACACGGGAGAAUGGAUGGGACUAGGGACAAUGGAAGUGAUUAUGUGGACCCUUUCAUGUAGUCCACUGACUGGCAUUUCCAUCCAUAGUAUGCCAAAGGAAGCCGUGAUUCCAAAGAUUUCUGCACCACAGCAACACCAGACAUUUGUCAAGUGAGUUGAAUAGUUGUUUGGGUUUGAUGAUCAGAGAAGAGUUGUAUUUGUCAACCUGGACAUUGCAGAGCUUCCAUUUCUCUUUACUCCUGCACUAAGAAGGGUUCAGACUGGGUUCAUCUCAAUCCAAAAUGUGAUUUGAGUAAUUUUACUUUUGUCCAUGGGGAAAGCACCCAGUAGACAGUGCAGGGUCACAGCAAGGUAAGCCAGUUUCAGAAGCACAAUAGACCAAAGAACUCAGUGACUGCUGGCUGGCAUUUCUGUGGGCCCUGGCUGGGACUUCCCUUGCAUACUGACCCUAUUUCUUCCCAGGCCACUUGGAAAGUGGUAGAGCCCUUCUGUGCCUGACACGGGUGUCCUGGAAGAUACUUCUACUCUUAUGAACCUUAGUAUCCUCUGAAGUGUCCUCUGAAGUCCAAACCAGGCCAUUAGGCAAGGUAUGGGUCAAACCAAGAAGUGGGACCACAUUGCAUCCACCUGAGGUGGCCUCAGGGGAGGGAGGCUGCAAGAUCCUGAGGUCCCUGGACCCAGGACACAUUGCUUUAUGAUGCAGGGACUUAUUUCAUAGACCUUGGGUUGGCGGGUCAAAGCAAUUCAGUUUUCAGGUCCAAAGACAGAAGCUGAGCAGUUGCUUAGAUAUGGAAAUCCAUUUAAUAGAGGUUAAAAGCCAACAAAAAUAAUAAUAACUAAGGCUAAAAGAAAAGAGAAGGUUGUUAUAAAUGGAAAUGAAACUCUUAUUUAUUUCAUUACUAGGAUAUAUUACUGUCAUAUUCUUUGAUUCAGUAUCUUCUCUGUACUAGACAUGGUUCUCCAUGCUUUCCAGACACUUGCUUAUUGAAUCUUCACAAUAGUAUUGAGAAGUUCUUGUUAUCAUUUCAAAGUUUACAAAUGUGAAAUGGAAGCUCAGAAAGGCAAAGAAAAACUUGACCAGAGUCACCCAUCAGGUAAAUGAGGGAAUUGGAAUUGAAGUCCAAAUUGGACUGACUUCAUAAUUCAUACUUUUCUUGAGCUUUCAAAUGUGCUAGAAUAGCCAAACAGUAAAAGAAGCAACUCUUGAUCUCAUUUUUUGCUUUUGAUUAUUGUCUUUCUAGCUUUUCUUUUCCAAAAGAAGUGUCUGAUUUUCCAAUAAUUUAGGCACUUCAGCAUCUCCCAAAAGUAGAAUAGACAAAAAUUAUGCAUUCCUUGAGAUCAUCCCCUCCUUCAAAUAUGAACCAGCUUGGGUCAUGCAUUUAUAAGUGAAUGUUUUUACUUAGCAGUGCUUACUGGGCUGAUGUGUAGUUAUUCGUGAAGAAAUUACAUGCAGCCUGCAGAGGGUUUCCUCAACAGAAAAAAAAGAUCAGGAAUUUGCCCUCCUUACUAUGACCUCCCAAAGGCUUAGCACAGUGCAAGGCAUACAGUGAUUCUCAAUAGGUAUUUGGUAAAUAAAAUAAGUUGUACAUAUGUUUCUACAUUUAUUUUAGAAGCUUUCUUCUUGCAUUUGUGUGAAAAUCUAAUUUUUGUCAGUGAAAAUCUUAUAUUAAGUGCCACUUAAAGAAAUGUAUAUUCAUGUAUGUACAAGAAUUCUCAUGUAACAAGAACUUACUCCAUCCAUCAUCUCUGUUGGGAGUCUUGUUGGAUUUUCUUGGAAAAGAAAUACCUACCAUCUACAAGGCUAGAAAACAACUCACCCCAUAUAAAAUCAGGAGAACUUCAAGAGCUAUGAUCUAAAUAGAUUUGUAUCCCAGUUGGGGAACUGAGCAUAGCUCCCAAGAUCGUAGGAAACCUGGUUGAAGGAGUUAGGGGUUAUCUUGGAAUAGGGAAUGGGAUGGCGGUGUUACCCAGUUACUGUUGGUUUUGAGAAACGGAUCUGGCCCAUGCAGGUCUAAAGAGAACAUCUUUGAACAAUGAGUUGAAGUCAUAUGGAAGGGUUACUUAGGCCCUUCUUUGAAUAAGCUCUUUCUAAUAGAAUUAUGCUGCCAUGAUGAGUGCCCCAAUUUAAGAAACAUUAAGAAUAAUCAUAUUGAAACUCAUUUCCAUUUAUUGAUUCUGUAGUGAGUGCCAACCACUAAGCCAAGUUUUGCAUUAUCUCAUCGUGUAUCACAGCAAUGUUGCUACACCUGUCUUCUCUUUUAUAUUUGAAAACUCUGAGAUUUGAAGGGACUGAGAAUUUGGGACUCAAACCCAAGCUUAAUUUACUCUACCUUGCCUUUUGGGCAGCCCUCAGGUAGAAUCUGGAUGACUCUUCUGAGACUGUCACUGGCAAGACUUCAAAGAGACCAAGGACUUGGACUCCCUUGAGACUCUGUUCUGAGAUGAAAGAGAGGCUCACUCUGGAUUACUUAAUCUUCAGGGAAAAAAAUUUUCAUGUUAAAACCAUCAGCAACUUUCCCUGGUGUGUUACCUGACAGAGGAAGGGAGUCCUAAGCUCAUUAAACCACUGAUUCCUGCUAAACCCUGAGAAGGGAUCAGGGAGCCUCUGGUACAUACCAGGCCUGCUGCUCGGUGCUUUACUGCCAUAUCUCAUUCCAUUUUUAGAGUGAACUCAGGAGAUGUGGCAUUACCAUUGUCCUUAGAUAGAAGAUAGCCAAAUCUUACAGAGUUAAGUAAUUUGCUUAAAGUUUUAUCAGCUAGAGAACAGCAGACCAGGAUGGCAAACCCCUCUGACACCUGAGGCGUCUCCCCUGGGACCAAGCCUAGUUAUCCUGCCCUGAAUCACAGGAAGACUUUACGGGGAGUGUUUCAUUGACAGUAGCUGCACUGUCAGUUUUGAAGGUGAUUUAGAGAGUGAUUAAAGAAAGCAGAUUCAAAUAGUAUGAUUGUCUAUACUCUGAUAUAAUCCUAUGUAUGCAUAAUGAUUGUGGAGAAGUAAUACAUCCUGGAACCCUUAUGUUGAAUGAUAUUACUGCUUUUUAAGGACUUAUUUUGAUGCAUAGCUGGGAAUCACGAAUGUUUAUGACAAUUAACUAGGUAUUCCCACACCUAUACAUGUGUGUAUGUAUAUGUAUGUAUGUAUCAUUUUCAAAAUGUGAUUUAAUAUUGAAAUAGUCCCAAUGCCAUUUUUGUAAGUGACCAAAUGAUCCAUAUGAAGAAGUGCCUUAAAAUUUCCCAUUAGAGGGAAAAGAGCUCUUGGGCAAUCUGUCAUGUUGUACAGUAUUUCUCAUUUUUCUCAUGAUUUGUAUAGCAUAGAACAUAUUGUUCAAUGUGAAAGAUUUUUAUUGCUCAAGUUCUUUGUUUGCAGCUUUCCUCUUUAAAGCAAUAAAUCAUCA